AUGGAUCAUGCCGAAUAUUGGACACCCAACAAUCCACACUCUCCCACACACAGGUCGCCCGAGUUACCACAGCGGACAUUAACUGGCAUCGUCAUGGAGCAAUACAACAGCAACAACGCAUCAAGUGGCGAGGUGGCUCCCACUCCUACUACCACCACUACUACUAAUCAUCAUCAUCAUUAUUACGUGCAACAAGAAAGACAACAACAACAACAACGUCAAUAUCGUCACUCUUUUGUGGAUGAACAAGAACCACAUCCUGCUGUACGUUUCCAGGAACAAAGUCCCACCACACCAGGACCCACAAGUGCUGGCGAGCAACCACCUGCUUAUGAUACAACAGCUUGUUAUGAAUCCACCACCACCACCUCUUCACUUUCCACACCUCUUUCGUCUUCGGGUCGACCCACUCGUUAUGCUGGUGAUCAUUUGGAUGAGCUCGAUUUCACACGCCAUGGCUACUAUCGCCAUGACGACGACGAUCAAGUAGAACGACUUCGAAGCACGCUUUCAAGUCUCAACACCAACAGCGCUUGGGGCAGUGUAUGGGAUGACUAUCAACCCGAGUACAAGAUGUUGCAAGAGACGUAUUACACGAAAAAGAAAGACAUCUUUGCCAACAUGGAGCAUACUAUUCAAGAUUUGAGAGAGCUGGAAGCCAAGUUUGAUAGGACAAAAGAAAACUUCCAAGGUCACCUGGCAACGGAUUAUAGCGAGUUGUGCCGUGGCCUUAUGAACAAACGCAACCGGCUCGAUAGGGAAAAGGCUUCAUUUGAGGCAUCCACUGAUCACAAGGCUCAUGGAACAACCACUUUUCAGCAAACCGAUAAGAUCAAGCUCAACAUUGGUGGAGAGGUUUAUCAGACAUCUUUGAGCACCUUGAAGAAGGAUGAAAACAGCUUAUUGGCAACCAUGUUUUCAGGACGUCAUCGUUUGGUAGCCGAGGAGGAUGGAUCCUACUUUAUUGACCGUGAUCCCCAUUGCUUCCGGAUGGUGCUCAACUAUUUACGAGAUUCAAGGAUUCCACCCGCAGUGCUGCAAGAUGAUGCCUUGUGCCAAGAGCUCUUGCAAGAGGCCAAAUACUAUCGUAUUGAAGGUCUUGUUCGGCUUCUCGAACAUCACGAGACCACAUAA